CAAGUCUCAAUCCCACUUCCACACACACACUCUCUCUCACAGACUCACAGUCCCACCUUAGCUUAAACCCUGGCCUGAACCCAAAACCCCCAUUUCAAAAACAUUCCACCUCUAAUCUAAUCAAUUCUUCAAAGAAAGAAUAUGAGCAAAAGAGUGAUAAAGACUCUUCUCUUUCACUCACUCCCUUCUUUCUCUUCCUCUCUUUCUCUCAACUCCAACCCCAAAUCUUCAUCCAUUAUCUCCCGCCAAAAUCUCCUCUCCGUCAUUUCCAGAUUCGUCUCCACCUAUUCCCCCGACAAUCUCGACGGCCUAAUCGAUCCGGACGACCCCUUUUCGCUUGAUAAUUCGCGGGUCAAACCCGUUUCAGCCGAAGAUUUUGCCUUUCUGCAGGACUCUUCCAUGGAUUCCAAUGCUGUUAGUGGGUCUUCUGGUGGAAAACUCGACUCCGGUAAGUGUUCAAAUGAUGCUGCUUUGAUAGUUAAUGCAAUUCAUAGUAAUGGUGAUGUGUUUGGUGACAAAACCGACAAGUUUCUUAGGCAGUUUAGGGACAGAUUGAAUGAGACUUUAGUGGUUGAGGUGUUGAGUCUUGUGCAAAAUCCUGAAUUGGCUGUCAAGUUUUUCAUUUGGGCGGGGCGGCAAAUUGGGUAUAGUCACACUGGAGUUGUGUAUGAUGCGUUGUUAGAGAGAUUGGGGUGUGAUAGUAAUGAGAGAAUACCGGAACAAUUUUUAGGAGAGAUUAAGGAUGAUGAUAAGGAAGUGCUUGGGAAGUUGCUAAAUUUUUUGAUUCAAAAGUGUUGCCGAAAUGGGUUAUGGAAUUUAGCAUUGGAGGAGCUUGGGAGGCUUAAGGAUUUUGGGUACAAGCCCACGAGAUGGACGUAUAAUGCAUUGGUUCAAGUGUUUCUUAAAGCCGAUCGGUUUGACACAGCUUAUUUGGUUCAUAGGGAGAUGUCGAGUUCAGGGUUUAGUAUGGAUGAGUUUACCUUAGGUUGUUUUGCACAAUCUCUCUGCAAAGCGGGGAGGUGGAGAGAAGCUCUCUCGCUGUUUGAGAAGGAAGAAAUUGUACCCAACACAGUUCUUUAUACAAAGAUGAUAUCUGGGUUGUGUGAAGCUUCUCUUUUUGAGGAAGCUAUGGAUUUCUUGAACAGAAUGCGGACUAGUUCUUGUAUUCCUAAUGUUGUGACAUAUAGGACUUUGCUUUGUGGGUGUUUGAGGAAAAGACAGCUUGGUAGGUGUAAGAGAAUUCUUAGUAUGAUGAUCACAGAAGGUUGUUAUCCUAGUCCUAAGAUUUUUAAUUCUCUUGUUCAUGCCUUUUGCAGAUCAGGAGAUUAUUCUUAUGCCUAUAAGUUGCUUAAGAAAAUGGUCAAAUGCAGUUGCCAGCCAGGUUAUGUGGUUUACAAUAUCUUGAUUGGUAGUAUAUGCGGCAAUGAAGAAUUACCUAGCUCAGAUGUUUUGGAGCUGGCUGAGAAAGCUUAUGGUGAGAUGCUUGAUGCAGGGGUUGUAUUGAAUAAGGUCAAUGUCAGCAAUUUUGCUCGAUGUCUUUGUGGUGCUGGAAAAUUUGAGAGGGCAUAUACUGUUAUUCGUGAAAUGAUGAGUAAGGGAUUCAUACCUGAUAGUAGUACCUAUGCUAAAGUGAUUGGCUUUUUGUGUAAUGCCUCCAAGGUAGAAAAGGCCUUUUUAUUGUUUGAAGAAAUGAAAGGGAAUGGUAUUGUUCCUGAUGUUUAUACAUAUACAAUUUUAAUUGAUAGCUUCUGUAAAUCUGGUCUUAUUAAACAGGCUCGCAACUGGUUUGAUGAAAUGGUAAGGGAUGGUUGUGCCCCUAAUGUGGUGACAUAUACUGCUCUUAUACAUGCCUACCUUAAAGCUAGGAAAAUUUCCAAUGCAAAUGAUCUGUUUGAGAUUAUGUGUUCUGAAGGUUGCAUUCCUAAUGUUAUAACAUAUACGGCUUUGAUUGAUGGCCACUGUAAAGCUGGGGAGAUUGAAAAAGCAUGCCAAAUAUAUGCAAGAAUGAGAGGUAAUGUGGAAAUUUCUGAUGUAGAUAUGUAUUUUAGAAUUGAUGAUGGCAAUUCCGAAGAGCCAAAUGUGUUUACAUAUGGAGCAUUGGUUGAUGGUUUGUGCAAAGCUCACAAGGUCAAAGAGGCCCGUAACUUGUUGGAUGCUAUGUCAGUGGAAGGCUGUGAGCCAAACCAUAUUGUGUAUGAUGCUCUUAUAGAUGGAUUCUGCAAGGCUGGGAAGCUAGAUGAUGCACAAGAGGUGUUUGCUAAGAUGUCAGAGCAUGGAUAUAGUCCUAAUGUCUAUACUUACAGCUCUUUGAUUGACAGGUUGUUUAAGGAUAAAAGACUGGAUCUUGCUUUGAAAGUCUUGUCCAAAAUGCUAGAAAAUUCUUGUGCACCAAAUGUUGUCAUAUACACAGAGAUGAUUGAUGGCCUCUGUAAAGUUGGAAAGACAGAUGAAGCCUAUAAGCUUAUGCUAAUGAUGGAAGAAAAGGGGUGUUAUCCAAAUGUUGUGACUUAUACUGCAAUGAUAGAUGGCUUUGGGAAAGUGGGUAAAGUCAAAAAAUGUCUUGAGCUCUUGAGAGAAAUGGGCUCAAAGGGUUGUGCUCCAAAUUUUGUCACCUACAGGGUUCUUAUAAAUCACUGUUGUGCCACUGGCCUUCUGGAUGAGGCUCAUAAACUCUUGGAUGAAAUGAAACAGACAUAUUGGCCAAGGCAUAUAUCAAGCUACCAUAAGGUCAUUGAAGGUUUCAACCGAGAGUUUAUUAUCUCACUCGGGCUUUUAGAUGAGAUCAGUGAGAAUGAUUCUGUUCCUAUUGUUCCAGUAUACCGAAUACUGUUUGAUAGUUUUAUUAAGGCUGGGAGAUUAGAAUCAGCUCUGGAGCUGCAUGAAGAGAUUCCGUCAUUUUUCCCUUUAAAAGCUGCCAGCAAGAAUAUGUAUACUUCUUUGAUUGAGAGCCUCUCCCGUGCAGGUAAAGUCGUUAAGGCUUUUGAGCUGUACACAGAUAUGGUAAGGAUGGGUGGUGUUGCAGAGCUGAGCACAUUUGUUCACCUUAUUAAAGGGCUCAUCAAUAUUAACAAGUGGGAAGAGGCACUUCAACUGUCAGAUAGCAUAUGUCAGAUGGAUAUCCAUUGGCUUCAACAAGAAGAUACAUCUUCCAGAAAUUAGGCUUUUGAGCAUAUCUAUAUUUUUUUCUCAAGGUUGAUGUGAUAGCAUAAUGGUGUAUGUUAAAGUUUUGGUUCAGAUAAUGACUACAUUGGUGGAAACUCUUGAUGCACACAUGAAAUUCCUAGGAGGUGAUAGCUAUUGCAUAAUUUGCAUCGCAAUGAAAUGAGUAUAAAAAAAAUAUGGACAUCUUCGAUUGACUGUUUGAAGCAACUAGAAGCUGAAAUAAAGCUUGAGGGAAAUAUUUUGCCUUUCAAUUAUUCAUUCUCAUAAAGUUGCUAAUGCGGCCUAUUGGGUAUGAUGCGAGUCAAUGUUGCUAAAACUGAUUUACUUCUUCAGUCUCUUAAAGUUGCUGACGUGGCUUAUUGGGUAUGAUGCGAGUCAGUGUUACUAAAACUGAUUUACUUCUGCAAUACCCUCCAUUGAAUUUGUCAAGAUAGCCUUCGAUUGUGAUAAGGACUUCUGAGAAACUAACAAUUUGCAUGAUGGGUGCUGGAGGUUGGUGUUACUCACUUUUAGUUCGUUUGUGCUGUUUUAUACAAAGGAAAAUCACAUUUUUUCAGAUUACAUCUCCAAAUUGAGGAGGCUGUCUUCCAGCCACCUCUCAUAGACCUUGCACAAGUGGGAGCGAUGUGCCUUGGGCAUUGGAGUGGCAGUAAGAAGCUCAACAAACUUGUUUGCUUCACUUUCGAAUGGGGUACUUUGCCUCAAGUACAAAUUUCCCUUUUUUGUCGCCUUAGGUGUUUAUUUAUAGCUGGGACACUUUGAGCAGGGUAUUGGAUGUGGGACACUAUCAUCUGGUGCUUCUUUUUACAAAAAUCAGAACAUGCGCGCGACAAUCAUAACAAGGAAGUCCCCACCAAGUUGCAAUACCGGUGCCAAGUGGUGCAAGCGAGACCUCACUUCCCAAAAAAAGGGUAAAGUUUUACUAGUAAUUAUCCCCUAUACCAAAUCAAAGAAAAAAAAAGGGUUAUAUCUAGCCGUGGAAUAUUGUUCAUUGUAAACGUUCCCAAGAGGACUUACGCUGUUGAUCGAUUCUUCUUAUGCCCUUACAGUCUUGCACUCAUAUUUACAUAGAAAAAUUGGACACGUUAGUUUGACUGAAAAGUAUCGAGAAACAAAUGGUUGAAUGUUUCAAAAAAACCAUGGACUUCCUUUUGUUCAAAGUCUUUACUUAGCCCACUAGUUCACCCCUCUCUAAAAGUUUAAAUAAUAAGUUUCUUAACCCAAGUCUUGCCUUAAACACAUGGCAAUGGUUUCUUCAAGACUUGUCUUCCUCUUUUCCAUUUGCAUACUGAUUUCUCAAGCCAUUGCUCAGCCAGACUUCCGAUACUCUUACUGCUUAGACAAGGGUAACUACACAAGCAACAGUACCUACAAUACAAACCUCAGUCAAGUCCUCUCCUCCCUCUCCUCCAACACAGAAAUUGACUAUGGGUUCUACAAUUUUUCUUAUGGCAAAAGCCCUGACAAAGUAUAUUCACUUGGACUUCGUAGAGGAGAUGCCAAGCCAGAUAUUUGCCGUAGUUGCCUCAAUAGCGCUACAAAUCUUCUCCCUCUGCUUUGUCCCAAUCAGAAGGAAGCGAUAGGAGGGUAUGACGAGUGCAUGUUACGCUACUCAUUCCGCGACAUAUUUAACAUCAAGGAAACUAGUCCUUCUUUCUAUUUGUGGAACCCAAAUAACGUAUCAGGCAAUUAUGAUCAGUUCAGUCAGGACCUGAUGACCUUGUUGGAUAGCAAAAGAGUUCAAGCUGCUGCAGGUGGUUCUCUUCGUUAGUUUGCGGCGGGAAAUGCAACAGCACCAAACAAUCAAACACUAUAUUCAGUUGUGCAGUGCACACCUGAUUUGUCCGAUCGAGAUUGCAGUGAUUGCUUGGCUGGGGCUAUGGGAGAAAUACCAAAUUGUUGUGAUGGGAAGCAAGGUGGGAGAGUUAUCAGACCCAUCUGUAAUUUAAGGUUUAAGGUCGGUCUCUUCUAUGACACCACAGCUGAUAAUGCAUCAUCACCAUCACUGUCUCCACCACCGCCUCCAGUACCAUCAGUAUCUCCUCCAGCAUCAAACAACACCCCUGCUGCAAAAGGAAAGGAGAGUAACAAAUCUCAAACAGUCAUCAUAGUUGUACCCAUUAUUUCUUUUGUGGUACUAAUUAUAAUCUCCUCCUGCAUCUAAUUAAGAGUCAGGAAACCAAGGGAGAAACCACAAAGCUUUCAAAAAAUUCUGGUCAAGGAGAUCUUGAAUUUAAGAAUGAAGUUUCGUUAGUGGC